AUGUCGGACUUUGCGCCUACGUCAUCCUCGCCGGGAGAGGACUUGUCGUUGCCAAAGGCAACUGUUCAGAAAAUUGUGAGCGAGAUUUUGCCUAAAGACAUUGCCAUUUCCAAAGAGGCUAGAGAAGCCAUCACGGAGUGCAGCAUAGAAUUCAUUAUGAUAUUAUCCACGCAGCUGAACGAUAUAGCUGAGAAAGAGGCCAAAAAGACAAUAGCUAGUGACCAUGUUAUCAAAGCUUUGGAGGAGUUGGGCUUCCACAACUAUCUCGAUAUCAUCAACAAGGUUUUGGACGAGCACAAGGAAUUGCUCAAGGGAAAGGAGAAGAAGAACAAUAAGUUCCUUAAUUCUGGCUUGACGGAGGAGGAGCUCUUGAAGCAGCAGGAGGAAUUGUUCAAGAAGUCUAGGGACCGUUUGCAAGGCAGUGGGUCCCCCGGAGCACAGGAGAUCAAGCAGGAGAACUGA